AUUGGUAAAUGUUCUUUAACAGUUCGUGUUAUAUUGCUUGUGUCUUAGGGUGAUUUACAGUGCUUGUAAGACUAUACUUUGAGUGAAUUUCGAGCAGUGAUGAGGAGUUUUGUGGCAUUAAGUAUAAAGCAGGACCCAGGCCAGGAAUUCAGUGUCGUGCACGCUCACGAGCACAGAGGGGCGCGCACUUCGCCGUAGAACGCUCGUAAACAUUACAGCGCACUGCAUUGGGAAGAAACAUCCCUGGAAGAGUACAGCAACUCGACAAUUAUGCAGAAAUUCCACAAGAGUUCAUGAAACUCACCAGAUCAAUUUGUGAUUUAAUGUUCCUCUGAUUUCAAACAACUGGGAAGACACAUAAGUCAGGAAACUACUGAUUUAAGAGCCGAAAAUGGUCUCAUUCUUCACGAUAUUCCGGAAGACUGAGAUGGUGACAAUGGAUGAACUUUCGUGCCUAAUUCAUUAUCAGUAGAGUAAGUUUUCUAUCAGAGAGGAUACCACACUAUGAACUGUCACGUUUAACGUCUGCUUCAUUCUUUUUCUGUUUGUUUUAAAUUUUAUUUAUUUACUUAUCUAUUCAUUUUAGUCACCGAAAUGCCAAAAUUGCUGAAAUAUCUCUACGCAGUCGCGGUUGUAUCAGCCUUGGUAACGUCAGUGCGGUUCUGGUUUGAUAACGGCAACACAAACCAAGCUAUUCACAACAAGCUCAGAAUAGCUCCACUAGACAGAACGCCUGUAACGCUGACCACAGAAUUUUAUGAAUACGGCCUACUAGAGGCUAACUCAGGUACAGAAAGUCAGCUCUCUCCUUCUAGGACGAUAUUAAAAACUACAGAGGCAUUUAUCGCUGAAACGACUGGUUUUCCGAAGCACGAAGGUGUGGACAUAACUACCACCAGACCUGUGUUGGGUGCCAGUGAAGUUGCUCAAGGUAUGCCGGUACCUCCAAGUCUGCUGAACAUAUCGGACCAGCUUAUAUGGGGAACAUUCUCUGACGAGGAUGCAAGGGUCACUCCUGUGCCGUUCAACAUCAAUGCAAGCGACAAACUGGUGGUCAUGCACAUUCAGAAGACGGGAGGAAGCACAUUUGAGUACCAUCUAGUCAAGGACACAGACAUAAAGCCCCGCUGCAAGUGUCGCCACUCUAUCAUGACCUCCGCAAACGUAUUGUGUGGAUGUGUGAACGACAAGAGAAGGUUAUGGAUGUUUCAGAGACUCACAGUAAGGUGGCCAUGUGGAUGUCACGCCGACUACAGCACGCUGACAUAUUGCCUCGAGCCCUGGUUCAAACUGUUUGACAGGAAGAAACGUGUUGAGGUUAGAAAAUUCCAUUACGUCACCGUUCUGAGAGACCCUACAAGGCGCUUCCUGAGCGAGUGGAGACACGUCCAAAGAGGAGCCGAGUGGAAGGAGUUUCUGGUCUGUGACGGACACCGCAACCGUCCACGAAUUUGCUAUCGUGGCGAAAACUGGGCGAAUGUUACCCUCUCGGAGUUUAUGUCUUGCGAGACAAACCUGGCUAUCAACCGUCAGACAAGGAUGCUGGCCAACAUGACUUUGUCCGACUGUUACGAGACCGAGUCGAAUCUCAGCCGAAGACACAGAGACGAGAUCAUGCUGGCUAGUGCUAAAUAUAAUCUCGCCAGGUUCUUUCGCUUUUUUGGCUUGCUAGAGCGGGAACUUGACAGUGCCCGAUUGUUUGGGGCAACUUUUGAUGGUAUCAACUUUCAUUUGGAAACCUUUCAGCAGGAGCCAACCGUAGCAGACAGCACGCUUAGUACCCUGACUGACUUCGAAAAAGAAGAAAUUCUGAGACUGAAUUAUCUCGAUGUUCGAUUACUCGAGUUUGCGAGAGCUCUUUUUGCAGAAAGAUUAAAAAAUGCCCAACUGCAUGUUUGAAUAGAAAUUAUUAUAUAAAUCCUUUUUAAGCACGAAGCAAUAUAUUAUAUUAGUAUACUGCUCUGUCGAUGCAUCAGGACAGAAGAUCAAUUACCUUGAUGCUCGAUAGCUUGAGUUUACGAGAGCUCUUUCCGCAGCGGGAAUAAAAUGGCCGAACUAC